GUGCUCGAGAGCGGGCAUAAGCACAAGAAGGCAACAAAGGAUUAGGAGAAUACUUGUCAUCAAUAUAAUACACAAUGUUAUUGGACUCUACAAUUGGCUUCCCAUUGUCCAACAAAACUGGAACUUUCUCAUAAAUUGGAUUGGAUUUUAAAAGCAAAUCACUUUUGCCACCAAAUAAAUCUUCUUCAUGAGAUUCAUAAGCCACACCCUUUUCAGCUAGAGCAAUUUUGACUCUCAUGCAAAAUGGGCUUGCCCAGAAAUCCAAUAGACGCAAUUCAUCCUUUGAUAUCUCUCUUUUCAAAAUUUAAUUUGUUGAUCGGGUGGUGAUAGGUAAUUGGCACAUGCUGGGCUUUAUUUUUAUAAAUGCAUGCAAGAAUCUGAUCUUCCAAAGGUAUAUUCUCUGAUUGGGCUGAACUUCCAAGAUUGCAUUGAAAAUCUCUUCAUUUUGUCUGUUUGGUUACAUGAGCUGUGAUGUAUAUAUUAUGCUAGCUUGCCUAUGCAUUUUUAUUUUUUAGUACUUUUUUUUAUUUUUGAUGUGAAACGUUUUUAUACUUUAUUUUAUAUGCGUCCAUUUUAUUCUUUCCUAAACUCCAAAUGGCAAAUACAUGUUGUAUCAUAUUCGGUACUCACUCUUAUUGGUGCGAAGUAAGUUCGAAAAGAAGGUAAAUUAUUUUCUAACAAAAGAGCAAUUUCAAUUCCUAUAUCUGAAUUUUAAACAUCUAUUAUCCGGAUAGUAUUCUUACCAUAUUUAUUACCCUUUUUAACUUCCAAAAUAUUUUAUCCGAUUUCUUUCCCAAAAACAGCAAUAGGACAUUUGUUAUACCAUUCAAUUAUAUUCAACAUUCCAAUUCUUGAAGGUCUCUUGUCAUCCACCUCUCCAGUUCUUGAAAAAUCUGCUGUCAAAGAUCCAAUCUUUUUCUAUUUCUAAACCCCAAGGGAAGACAAAAACGAGCUCUUUUUUUGUUGUUUCAUAUAAUUUGCUGCUAAAAUUAGGAUGCUUUAACAGUAAGCAUCAGAGAUAUAAUGUGGGGUGUCAUUCAAUUGGGAGUAUUGGCUGCCUUCCUUGUACUCUUUGUGCCUGUAGGUAUGGCAGGUUGGCACUUGAGCCGCAACAGAAUGUUAUUUUUCAGUUGUGCCAUCUUUAUUACCCUUGCUGUUUGUGUUCAUUUGACCCCUUUUUUCCUUUCUUCAUCAGGUUCAUUACCCUUAUCAUCAUCAUCUAUUGUAAAUCUUAAUUCUUGCAUUUCCUUACUUCACCAUGUAGCAUUUGAUUUUCAAGAAUUGAAUAAUGAGAACAAUAGUGAGAAAUCUUGGAAGUGGAUUGAGACUGAACCUGCUGUUGUUCAAUGUGAUUUCCAAAAGUUGACAAAGUCUAAUGCUUCAGAUUUGUUUAAUGGGUCAUGGGUUGUUGUUGCUGGGGAUUCACAGGCAAGGUUAUUUGUAGUUUCUUUGUUGGGGUUGUUGUUAGGGGAAAGUGAAAUGGAGAUGAUUAGGGAGGAUUUGUUUAAGAGGCAUAGUGAUUAUAACAUACUUAUUGAUAAGAUUGGGAUGAAGUUGGAUUUUAUUUGGGCACCUUAUGUGAGUAACUUGAGUGAUUUGGUUCUCGGGUUUGAAGAGAAAAAGAGUGAUCCUGAUGUAUUUGUGAUUGGAGCAGGGCUAUGGGAUAUGUUACAAAUAAAUAAUGCAACUGAUUAUGGCGUUUCCCUAAAGUUGUUGGGGGAUUUGGUGGUAUUGCUGUUAUCAGUACCUUCAGAUUUUGUUAAUGAUGGAGCUGGCACGAAUUUAGUGUCAGUUCGUUCACCCAAUUUCUUUUGGCUGGGAAUGCCAAAGCUGAUAAACUCGAUGCUGAAUACAAAUGAGAAGCGAGAGAAGAUGACUGAUGUGUUAUGGCAAGCUUAUACGGAUGAGCUUUAUAGCAGUAAGCUGCUUCAUCAAUCUGGUGGCCCCCUUGUGUUGCUGGACAUUCAUGCGUUGAGUAAUAAAUGUGGAGCUCGUUGUACGGCUGAUGGAAUGCAUUAUCACGGGGUUGUAUAUGACGCUGCAGUUCAUGUAAUGCUAAAUGAAUUGCUUAUAGAAUCUAAUCAGAAGUUGUAAUGUAGUUGGGGUAAUAGAAUUAGUUUUGUAAUUGCUAGAGAUUUCAUUAUUAUAUGUGAUUCUUUACCGGGUGUCAUUGCACUCAUCAACCGAGGAUCAGUGGGAAGAAGUUUUUGAUGGUAGUUCAUAAUGAGGUUCAUAUUAGCACCCAAGGGUGUGGCCUAGUGGUUCAAUGAAGUUGGGAUGAGCACCAUGAGGUCUCAGGUUCAAUUCCCAGCAGAGACAAACACUAACACUGGUGUUUUCUUCCCAUCUAUUCUAGCCUCGGUGGACAGAGUUACCUGGUACCUGGUACCUGGUACCUGUUGCCGGUGGGAGGUGGCAAGUAUCCCAUGGAUUUAGUCGAGGUGUGCGCAAGUUGGCCCGGACACCACCGUUAUAAAAAAAAAAUGAGGAACAUGUAAAGAGAUUCACAUCAAUUUUCUGCUAGAUGUUUGAUGGUUUUAUUAUCUCGAUGAAAUGCACCUAUACUCAGGUUUCCUCUCGCAUUUCGUACAAACUUGAUCUAAUUCUUUUUCAGAGCUAGUGAAAUAUGGUAAGAUUGCCCUUUAUUCCUUUCCCAUCAAGUUGAACUGGCCCUCAGACUUAAUACAUCUUAGAUACCUGGUAUUCUGUGUCAAAAUCAUUGUUGAUAGUGUAGUUCAAACAUCCAACUAAUUAGAAUGUCUAAAUUCUUAUUCAAGCAGAAGUAUGAGCUGAAAAUUUCAUAGCUAUAUUCAUUUUGACCAAUCUGCUGUCACCUGCAAUGCAGGUCCUUAGAUUUAAUCUCUACUCAGUGAUUAGUUGCUGCUAACUGCCAAGCAACUGUAUGUCAAGUUGUUGAAUAAAUUUGACCUCAGACACCUUAUACAGAAUUGCUCUUGUAUCAGUGAAAGGUAAGCCGCUAAUAUUAAUUCCAAGGUUGUCUGUUUCAGAGCCAAAGGUAUUUAAAGUUCUGCUAUUUGUUGGAAAUUCUGAGUUGCUUGAGUUUUAUACUGUAAUUUGAUAUACUUGAUGCAACUACUUUGAAAUCUUACAUUGGAGAAUCCUUUUGCUCUCAUGUAUCAUCGAUUUGUUGGUAAUUCUCGUGAUUUUAUAUGAUUAGACUACAUGCAUACUUCAAAUGCAUGCAGGUGAGUAACCCGUUUUAGUACCUUCUUGGUACUGUUUUGUUAAUGAAAAUUUACUCCUCAAAAAAUGAAACAGGCGAACAGUUCUCAAGUUUUGAUUUUCUUUUUUUUGAGUAAUAGAUGGAUUAUACAAUUUAGAUUUUAGUUCUGUAGUUAAUGAACUAAAGUGGACUCCGAGAGAUGUUUCACUGAAAUACAAGACGUGUAUGUUUAUAGGCAGUUACAUAACUACAUUCUAGGAAACUAGUUGCACGAUCCAGCUUAAUCACACUUGAGUUCCUGCUAUAUACUUAUGAGCCAGAGCUACGAACUUUAGUCAAGUAGAGAACUGCAGAUUCUAUUUGAGGUUUAUUAAGAUGUUUGAGAAAUGUAUGUGUUGCUUGCAUUUCUUAGUUCCUUGAAGCAAACUUGAUUCAGCUUAAAAGGAAAUUUGCAAAUACCAGUUACAUAGAAUGUUGUCUCUAAAACUAAUCUUUCAACAGAAAGAAAUGGGCCAAAAUGAAAUGGCUUUGUGGAAAUAUGGCACCUCAAGUUUUCUCAGACAUCACCAUGCCUUUAUUGCCCCUAUACUUGUACUUUAUGCUGCUAAAGGAGGGAUGCUCUGUUCGUUCCAGAAGAAGUUAUCUGGAUCAACCAGCGUCUUGACUUUGACCAAUCUAUUAAAAUUGUCCUUGAAAUACUUCAGUCCAUAAACACGGCCUUCUAUGUAGCGGUUAUUUCCAUUAUGGUUAACUCCUAUGUCAAGGUCUCUAUAGUUUAAAAAUGCACAUCUCGGGGAUUUUGACACAAAAGGAGUCAUGUAUUUGUACAAUACUCUGGUCUGGUUCAAAUAGAAGUUCUCUGCUUCCUUUCCUUCUUUCCCCCAAUUUGCUGCAUACUGGAUUUUAAAUAUAUUUCCUGCUCUGUGGGGAAAUGGAGUUUCCCAUUCUGGGAUCUCAUUCAUCCUUCCACCAUAUUGAUUAAAUACCAACUCUGUGUCUCCUAAUUCAAUCAUUUUAUCGAAUAUAGAUUUCAGCUUAUCCCUGGGAAUAGGUUUCCGCAAAUAGUCUGACUUGCGCUUCAGAAACUUCGCUCCUGGCUUUCGGUUGAGCAAUGCAUCAGGCGGUGUUCCAUUUGGGAAACUUGCCCAGAAAAGCUCAGAUUCUAUCCAACUCAUCUCCUUGCAAUCCUUGAUAUGUAAACCCAAUUGAGGAAAAUACCUAUCCAUGAUAGAUAGAAGCUCCCUGGAAUCUCCAAGAUAUAAUGCUACAAAUGUCACUGUAAUUGUCUUAGUUCCUUUUUGCUUCUCAUCAACAGGUUUUAGAGUUAACCUUAUAAAGAGAUUGUUAUCUAUUUUAUCUGCAAUGAAUUGCCACCUGUAAACAAUGUCAAUUGCAUUUUCUUCAACGGUCCUCACCACCCGGAAAACAGUGACAACAUCAGGAACUUUCACCAGCCUAAUUUUAUAGGCCGAUAUCACUCCAAAGCUAGCACCACCCCCGCCACUGAUUGCCCAAAACAGGUUACCGUAUCCUCCUCCAGUUAUGUGUCCACCAACACCAACAGUUGGGCAAACUCCGGCUGGGAAGGCAUGAAUUUUACUUUUCUCCCAAAUUUUGUAAUAAAGUUCGCCUAGAAGUGCGCCAGCUUGGACCCAAGCUGUUUCAUUUUGGAUAUUUACAUCAAUUGAACGCAGGUCGGACAUAUCAAGAAGAACAAAACUGAUGUUGGAGACAUAAGAAAUGCCUUCGUAGUCAUGCCCUCCACUUCGGAUCUUUAGAUAUUUGUCAGUUUUCCUGCAGCAAAUGACAGCAACCUGAACAUGGGAUUCUUGUAAUGGAGUGAAGAUAAUGUCCGGUUUUGGAGUGGUCGAUCUAUUGAACCUCUGGUUUCUGAUAUAAUGUUGUAGCACAGAUUUAUAUGAGGAAUUGUUUGGAGUAUACACUCUUGACAAUAUGUGGUCCGAUGGAUCUGAAUGUGUGGUUAAGCACUGAAGGAAACUCAGGUAUGACGGGGUUGAGGCUGCCAAAGGAAUAAAAUGGACAACAGAAAGAAAUGAACAAAAGGUUAGAAAGAGAGUGUUCUCCAUAUCGAAUCCCUGGUUCCUUUUAUUUUUUCCGCUAUGGGGCUCUGUAAAAUAACAUGGCGCAUUAAGCUACUCCGUGCUAACUAGAAAUAUAACAAGAGAAGAUGCCAACGAAUGAGCUGUACGAGAUAUAUACAAAGUUCAUCAAGUGGACUGUUGUGCCUA